AUGCCAUUCGAAAACUCUAGAAUGUUACAAGAAAAAUUUGAAAAAGAUACAGUCGUCACUGUCUUCGGUGCUUCAGGUGAUUUAGCUAAAAAGAAGACCUUCCCAGCUCUAUUCGGUUUGUUUAGAGAAGGUUUCUUAGAUCCAUCUACCAAGAUUUUUGGGUUUGCUAGAUCAAAAUUGACUGAUGCACAACUAAGACAACACAUUGAACCAUAUUUACAAAAGCCAAACGGUAAGGAUGAUGACGCCAAGGUUGAAGCAUUUUUCAAGAUGGUUACUUACCACUCUGGUCAAUACGAUGCAGAUGAAGGUUAUCUAUCAUUAAGAAAAUUGAUCGAAGAUUUUGAAAAACAAAGAAACAUUACAAAGCCACAUAGAUUAUUCUACUUUGCCUUGCCUCCAAGUGUAUUUUUAUCUGUUGCAAGACAAAUUAAAAAAUUGGUUUAUGCUGACAACGGUAUCACUAGAGUUAUCGUAGAGAAGCCAUUUGGUCAUGAUUUAAAAUCUGCUAGAGAAUUGCAAAAAAAUCUAGCACCUUUAUUCACUGAAGAUGAAAUUUACAGAAUUGACCAUUACUUGGGUAAGGAAAUGGUUAAGAACUUGUUGCAAUUAAGAUUCGGUAACACUUUCUUAAAUGCUUCUUGGAAUAAGGAAAACAUUCAAUCUAUACAAAUUUCUUUCAAGGAACCUUUUGGUACUGAAGGUAGAGGUGGUUACUUUGAUUCGAUUGGUAUCAUCAGAGAUGUUAUGCAAAACCAUUUGUUACAAGUGUUGACUUUGGUCACAAUGGAUAGACCUGUAUCAUUCGACCCAGAAUCUGUCCGUGACGAAAAAGUUAAGGUCUUGAAGGCCAUGGCUCCAAUUGAUAUGAAAGAUGUCUUAGUUGGUCAAUACGGUAAGUCUGAAGAUGGUACUAAACCUUCCUAUCUUGACGAUGAAACUGUUAAUCCAAACUCUAAGUGUGUCACUUUCGCAGCUAUGUGUUUCAACAUUCAAAAUGAACGUUGGGAUGGUGUUCCAAUUAUCAUGAGAGCUGGUAAGGCUCUUAAUGAAGCCAAGGUUGAAAUUAGAAUCCAAUAUAAGAGAGUAGCUUCCGGUAUGUUCAAGAAUAUCCCAAAUAAUGAAUUGGUUCUUAGAGUUCAACCAGAUGCCUCUGUGUACGUUAAGUUCAACUCUAAGACUCCAGGUCUAUCCAAUGCUACCCAAGUCACAGAUUUAGAUUUAACUUACUCUUCUAGAUAUAAGGAUUUCUGGAUCCCAGAAGCUUAUGAAGUCUUGAUCAGAGACUGUAUGUUGGGUGAUCACUCCAACUUUGUCAGAGAUGAUGAAUUGGAUGUUAGUUGGGGAUUAUUUACUCCAUUGUUGGAAUAUUUGGAAUCUCCAAAUGCUCCACAACCAGAAAUUUACCCAUACGGCUCAAGAGGUCCAAAGGAAUUAAAACAAUACUUGUCAGACCACAAGUUCGUCUUUUUAUCAAGACAUAAAUACACAUGGCCAGUCACCUCUCCUGAGUAUGACAAAGACCUAUGA